UAGAAACAUGUUCCGGUCUGGUUCACAAGCAUAGAGUGAAAUAAAGUUAGAGCGCGGCUUCUUGGAGGUGAGGGUGAGAUGUAAAGCUCGUAGAGCACGGAGCUUAGCAAAAUUAUUUGUCUGUGUCGAUCUAUUAGAAGGGAAGGGUAUGCUGGCGAUGAUACGCUGUGAGACGUGUCUCCUAACUUCGCGUUUUCCAGAUAGGUUAGCUGCCCGGUGGUAGUUAGGCGUCUUGGCUGGGAAUGAUAAGAAUGGUAGUCUAACAUAUUUGAAGAAUGGUAAGUUGUGGGAGAGUAGUGUUGGACGGGGGGCAACAUUUGGUCCUCCCAAAAUUGUUGGACUACAGCUCCCAUCAUUUUUCGCAAUUGGCUGGGCUAGCUGGAGCUGAUGGGAGGUGCCGCCCAACUAUACCUGGAGAUCCAUGUUUUCCUUACUGAAGGAGGAAAGGAAGGCAAGACCAGAUCGGCUUCCUUUUGGAUUGGGAAACUAAGGUGGUUUCUUCCUUCCCCCAUUAGUUUUAGGCGGGGAAAAAAACUUUAGAGAUCUGUAAAAACCUAGUUGCUGACAAGUAAUCCAUAUUUAGCAUGUGUAUGAUUCUCUUCCUGCUGCCCCUCCCCUACUUCCAAAUGCAUUGAAGAUAUUUGGAGAUCAUCUUUCAGAAAUAUUGGACAUUAAUAUCAUGCUAAUAUAUUUGAUGGAUGGCCAGUCUUAGAAGUUCCAUAGUUAUAGGAUUUGCAUGUAUGUAUACUUUGUAGCAUGAUAGUGUAGUAAUUUUACAAUGUGAAAGAAAAAUCUGACCUCUCUCUCUCUUUAAAGUAGUAGAUGGAUAGAAGGUGAGAGCAACAGCUUAUGAAUAUUCUAUCAAAUGUAAGUUCCAGUUUGUUCAUUGGAGCUUGCUUGUAAAUAAUUUGCCAUAUAUUUGUAUAUCAGGAUUUUUGUUGUUGCUUAUUUAAAGAUAUGGCAAGUCUUAUAUCUAACUCAAAUUUGAAAGAAUUCUUACAGCUGAUAAUAUGAAUUUACUGGAUAUUAUAGGGAAGUGGCAUAGUCUUAGUAGUAGCUGUUGUAAUUAGAUUUUGUCCACUGUAUUCAAAGCAGUUUGGAGCAUCUCUUAUUUUCUUCAUGCAAGCAAGCUAAAAGAGUCUCAGUCCUUCACAUUAUUACAGAAAUGGAAAACCACCUAAUGUGGUUUGGUAUGGUAUUCAACACAAAAGCCGCUGGGAACAGUUGUUUAAUGCUGGAGUUCUUGCCUUACACCACUCACAAACAUGCCCUUUUCGGACUUUCUAUUGACCCUCAAAGACAAUCCAUACUUUGGGGCAGGCUUUGGCUUAGUAGGUGUAGGUACAGCACUGGCUCUGGCCCGUAAGGGGGCCCAGGUUGGCAUGGUAGCUUUCAGGCGGCAUUGCAUGAUCACUUUGGAAGUGCCAAGCAAGGACAAGAGCUACCACUGGCUGCUGAGCUGGAUUUCUCAUCAUGCAAAGCACACCCAGCACCUGAGUGUGGAGACGUCAUACCUGCAGCAUGAGAGUGGCCGUGUCAGCACCAAGUUUGACUUUAUCCCCAGCCCUGGGAACCACUUCAUUUGGUAUCAAAGAAAGUGGAUCCGCAUAGAACGGAACCGGGAGAAACAAAUGAUUGACCUGCACACAGGGACCCCCUGGGAAUCUGUCACCUUCACAGCCUUUGGCAACAAACGAGAAAUUUUCUUCAACAUCUUGCAGGAAGCCAAAGAAUUGGCUUUGAGGCAGCAAGAAGGAAAGACAGUCAUGUACACAGCCAUGGGCGCUGAAUGGCGACCAUUUGGUUUCCCACGACGCCAGCGCCCACUUACCUCCGUGGUGCUUGAGAAAGGAGUGUCCGAGAGGAUUGUGCAGGAUGUGAAAGAGUUCAUCGGUAACCCCAAGUGGUAUAUUGAGCGAGGAAUUCCCUAUCGGAGAGGAUACCUGCUGUAUGGGCCUCCAGGCUGUGGCAAGAGCAGCUUCAUCACAGCUCUGGCUGGAGAAUUGCAGUACAGCAUCUGCCUCCUGAGCCUGAGUGACCGCAGCCUCUCAGAUGAUCGCCUCAACCACCUGCUGAGCGUAGCACCUCAACAGAGCAUCAUCCUGCUGGAAGAUGUGGAUGCUGCCUUUGUCAGUCGGGAUCUUGCUGCUGAAAACCCCAGUGCGUACCAAGGCAUGGGACGCUUGACCUUCAGUGGCCUUCUCAAUGCACUAGAUGGCGUUGCUUCCGCUGAAGCCAGGAUUGUGUUUAUGACCACCAACUAUGUGGACAGGUUGGAUCCAGCCUUGAUUCGCCCUGGCCGGGUAGAUUUAAAGCAGUAUGUGGGACACUGCUCACAGUGGCAGCUUAAACGCAUGUUCCAGAGGUUCUACCCAGACAAGGCAGCAGCAGUAGCUGAGCGGUUUGCUGAAGAAGCCCUGUCUGUCUCUGAUCAGAUCAGUGCUGCACAAGUGCAAGGCCAUUUCAUGCUACACAAGGAGGAUCCAGAUGGGGCUAUUGAGAAUGUGCAGUCGCUUGUGUCUUGACACUGAAACAAGCACUGAGGAAACCUUUACACAGGGCAAUACUGAGAGAGGUGGUUGUGUAAGGAAAUGGUUGCAUGGGCUAUUUCCGUGGGGCAUGGUAACUGUGAGGAUCCUGCUUUCUGCAUAUCUACCUCAGUGAGGUUGUUUUUUGUAAAAAUAAAAAAUGAAGAGUAAACCAGAGUGGCAACUCUGAUACACUUCUCGAAGAGAACCCCCACCCUGAUGUUCAGAUUGAGCUGCUUCUCCCCAACAGCCCUUUUUGUGAGAGAGUGCCACUCUCCUUCCUUAACUUGUCUACAUCUAGAAUCAGUAUUUGACUUCCUAACUUACAUAAGGAAUCCUAAGUAAAAGCAAUGCUUUUUUUUCUCCCUCUGACAGGCAUCCUGUGUGUAUAAAAGCUGUAUGAAACAGGAAGGCAUUUAACAGGUAGGGUUUUUAGCCUCAGACAGUGACACAAUCAUGAGCACAACAGGCUGAAGUUAAUAAAACAGUGCAGAGUGAACAUUUAUAUUCCGCAUGCUGUCUCAUUGCUGAUGAAACUUUCCAAGUCAGAGACUGUGGUUUGGAAUGUGAGUUAGCUCAGGGGAGAUUUUCCAGGAUCCUGACCUCUGUUUUUGUCUUGGCAGCAGACAUGGUCUACAAGUCAGGCAAUUCAAGAACCAAGAGCAUAUGCAUUCCACUGAAGGUUCAUCCUAGAAAGUUUUUGAAAUAGCCUCCAUAAAAACUAGCCAGGGGUGGUGGGUGAUUAAUGAACCCUGCUUUGUGGGGGCAGAGCACUUAACAAGUUUGCUGAGCCAGUACCUUCUAGGAAGAGAUGUAAGAGGACCACUGAUCCUUCUUUUAUCCCAGCUCUAGAUCCUGGCCCAACUUCAGUGCAGGCACAUCCAUUUCCAUUAGGAGUGAUGUGCUAGCAAUACCAGUCAUGGCAAGACACAGAUGUGUUAAUGAAGUAAAGUUACACUCUUAGAUACUUAAUUCCCCUUUUGUAGCAUUCAAAGACCUUUUCUAGCCCAUUAAGAGACUGGCAGAAAUCUGGACUGGGCAGCCAUUUCCUGGCAAUGUUUUGCUUAUUACAAGGCUGUAAGCUACCUAAUUGUGUUAUGCAACAUUAGACAGACAAAACCCCAGGGAAAACCAUAAGUUUCAUUUUAAUUGCACGAAGAAUCUGGAAGCAGAAGUACAGUGGGUUAAAAGCCUCACAUAGAGAAGAUUUGCUGUCAUAAUGGGUGGGUUUUAUGCCACAUGUCUACAUCCUCACAUACAUUCACAUGACUACUCUGUUUAUCUGCCAUCAAUGCUCCUGCUUUUUAUUUAGACAUUCAUAAAAGCAUUUGGCAGGAGAUGAGUUGAACACAAGCCUGGCUUUUCACUCUGUAUUGCGGAAUGGAAUAACGGCAUUCUGAGUGUUCUCGCUGGCCACACUCCGUCUUUCUGUCUGAGGCUUGGAUUUGAUAAUUCCAUCGUAAGUGACCAGGUAGCCAUCAUUAUACAUGUAUAACUUGUGAUCAUUGGGGUUGUAGCUCACACUCUGAAAUGUUUCUGCAAGUUUUUCUAUCAUGAUGUCUGUGGUGCCUUCCAUGCCUGUAUUGGUGUCAUACGUAUAAAAUAUCUUUUCUUUGUGUGCACUCACUCUCUUGAGGGCGUACAGCACCCCACAGAUCAUGAAUGUGUUGGUCGCAUUAGGCUUGAAUAGUGAGGUUUGCCAUUUCUGGAUCAUGUUCAUAGUAUUAGGAUCUAGCUUCCCAAUGAUUAUUUUUCCCUUGCUACUUUCUGUGGAAUAAAUGAUCCACAGGCCUUUCUCAUCCCCAGCAAAAUCAAAGUCUUGCCAGUUGACUCCAGCAUAGGAGAACCAGUUGUUGAAAGCAGCACCUUCCAAUGUUACCCGUUGGAGCUCAUGGGUUGCAAUGUUCAGCUUACACAGGUUUCUAGAGUUGUGGCAGUUGUAGUAAAAGCUGCCAUUGAACAAGAUUGGGCCGCUUCCCUGGCCACAGUUGACAUAGUUCCAGGUGAGCCCAAUGUAUUGAGAAAGGCUUUUUUCUAUCUGAUUCUUGUACAAAAGCAAGUCAGAAUAGCUGUUGUAGAGACGGUAGGUCUCCAUUAAACGCUCAUCAGUGUUCAGUGGAGCGACCCAGUACAUGUCUGGAGUUGGGUUUCCAAAAGCAAAAUCCUUACCCCAAGCUCCAUAUCUGUAGCUGAAACCUCGCCAGUUAAGUUUGACUAUGAAUGGUUUGCUAACGUUCACCAAAAAUUUGUUUUCACAUUUACCUGUUAAGGAAUAAUAAAGGAAAAUUACACUUCUGCUGCAA